GAUGCAUAGACAGCCAGAGCAUGUCAUGAAUUUCUUGCUUGCAGAAAUGGGGACGAGUGGUUCUCUUGAUGGACAGCAGCGUCUAGUUAUCAAGGGAAGAUUUGCUCCGAAGAAUUUUGAGGGAAUUCUGCGACGAUAUAUCAAUGAAUAUGUGAUAUGCAAUGGUUGUAAGAGUCCUGAUACCAUCCUUUCAAAGGAAAAUCGGCUUUUCUUCCUUCGCUGUGAGCAGUGUGGAUGCUCACGUUCUGUGGCACCCAUCAAGGCUGGUUUUGUUGCUCGUGUUGCACGUCGUAAAACAGGGACAUAAAACUGAAGUUUGGAGUUCUAGAAGAUUUUUGCAAUCUCAUGGCAAGCAGUGGAUUAUCUUCAUUUUGAGUUUGUCCAUGGAAAUUGUUUAUGGUUAAUUAUUGUAGGUCUGACCUGCUUUAUUUUGAACAUGAUCAUAAAGUGUCUGCUGACAAUGUCAAUUUCCUGUUGAAUUAUUUCACCGACGUUUAAAAUCUGUUUUGGCAAAAGAGUUAUUCCUCUAGAAGUCUAUCUCGAAUGAUUUCAUAGUUUUUUGAAAGGUUUAUGGUUGUUAGUUUUCUGAAGAUGUUUAUAAAAAAUACGUUCAGUUUGCUUUUCUCACUUGUAGUUAAAUUCAUUCACAAAUUGUAAACCUUGUGUGCCCAUAAGAUUCAAAUGACUCGCAAUGGAACCUUGUUUAUGUUCCUCCUCAUCAAAUUGUGAAAGAAUACUUGAAUUGGGAGUGUAAGGACGUGGAAUAAUUUAUUCAAAAACUACUGGGAUUCUUCAGUUCAUUA